AUGGCCGCCUCGCCCAGCUCAGCGGACGCCGCGUCAGAUGUAGAGCACCCGAGCUCUCCUGCUCCAGAAACCAAGUCGUUUGCUUCGCGCGCCGAAGUCGACGACGAAGACACCAUCAUCGCAACCCCUUCCGAGGCCGCUGAGAAGCCCUCCAGGAGCAAGGGCAAAGGAAAAGACAAGGACAAGGACAAGGACGCGCAGCCUCAGAUUGGCAAGAUCCGACAUUUGAAGAAGGAGGAUGGAGAGCCUCUGUGGCGCAAAGAUAUCCAGUACGACUUCUUGAGGGCCGUCUUCGACAACGAACAAAAGGUCUUCACCAACUCGUACGACACUGAACUAGAGAAGCAAUGCUUUGCCGACUUGUACAUCGACACCAUGGCGCGCAGUUCCAAGACGAGCAAAGUGCUGAGGGACAAGUUGAUGAAUGACCGAGAAGCUGCCAAGGGCAUGGCAAUGGUCUGUUUGCUGGUCAACAUGGGCCGCAUGAACACGACUCUCAACUUCUUUCCUGAGAUGCGAGCGCAGCUGCGGACAUAUCACGCCAUUCCUUCUCUCCAAGCGCAGCAAGAUCCUCACGCCUACAAGCAGCUGCAAGACGCCCCGCGUCUAAAGUCCAUCCUCAAGGGCGGCGCGGAAGAUCGGGACGAGCCGAAUUCCCUGGACAAGAUCAAGCAGAGAGGGAUUCCUCGCACCAAUCCCGUCAACCUCAUUUUUGUAAUGUGCAACUCGGCGCAAAAAGUCGCAGAGUUGCAUUUCCCGCUCCAUCGCGAAUUUCACGACGUCGUUAUGAAAACCCAAUACACUAGCAUGUCGAGAGCAAAGGCCUUUCUGUGGCUAAUGUGGUUCUACCUCGAAUCUGAUUUUACAGAGGAGGGGUGUGAGGAGAAUCCUUUCGGCCCUGGCGUAGACUACGGUCUCGAUGUCGCCAACCAAGGUGUCCCUAAGCUCGAAGAAAUGACCGAGGAGCAGGAAGCCGCAGAGAAUGUUGACCCAGCUGUCGAGAUUGAGUUUGGCCACGAGAAACAGAAAAUCCGUGCCACAAUCUUGGAAAUGGAUCAUCAAUUCCUAACAGAGCGAGAGAAGCGUGGCAAGGCCCGACCAUCGCUGGCAGAUGAGGGCCCUGCGAUUUUGCCCCGAAUCAGGCCUUCCAAGCAUGAAUCUGACAUUGAGAGUACGCGAUCGACACCUCCCCCAAGAGCACUAGCCCGAACGAUCGCGGUCAUGAAUGGACGUAGAACGGCUCCUCUCAAGUAUCAGAUUUUCGAAGGUUCCUCGCCUGCUCGCCACGGAAACGAGAGUGGCGUUGUCGCCAGAAAGCCUCGCCCACCGACAGCACAUCAGCUUGCCGUUGAGCGAAACCGAAGCCAAAGAGUAGAAUACAUUCUUGACCGUGGCCUUCGAAAACACCAUCACAAAAGCAGAAAGGUCCGGCGACAAGAGGGUGCCAUUGUGAGAACAUAUCGGCGUCUGAAAGCUCAAGCUGAUCCUUUCGAGGACAGCGACGGCGAGGGCCAUACCCCACGCAACUUGCCUGCCAAUGGUGAUAAAGGCGGCAAUGCCUUUAGAGAAAGGGGCAUAGGCGGGCUCUGCCUCUUGGCCACCGAUAAGGACGACUAUGGCGAAGAGGUGAGCUCGUAUGCCGCCUCCAUCCGACGAUCAACGCGCCGUCUGGCUCGUUGGCGAGGGCACGAAGACGAGCUUGGCGUGAUUGCCGUGAUCAAGAAGCCCAAGCCGCCCACGGCCAACGAGAAUGGCAACGGUGAGAAUUUGAUUGAUGGAUCGGACCUCCUUGCCGCCGAGCAUGCCGAUCCCAAUGUCAACGGCAAUGCGUCCAGGGACGAUGACAAGGACGUGAAUGGCGACGCUGCCAUGCUGGAUGACGUGGACAUGGAAGAUGUCGACAACGCGGCGAUUGUGGAUGAAGACGUUGACGACGCGGAUAAGACAGAGGAGGCCAUGGCGGACUCGGAUGGGGAGUAA